AUGCAGCAGCAAAAGGAGGCUCAAGCCCAGUUGGAAACCAUCUGUUCGCAGCAGCAACAGGAGACUCCACUUGAGUUAGAAACUGCUUGUACGCAGCAACAACAGGAGACUACAGUCGAGUUGGAAACCGUCUGUUCGCAGCAGCAACAGGACACUCCACCUCAGUUGGAAACCAUCAGUACGAAGCAACAACAGGAGACUCCAGUCGAGUUGGAAACCGUCAGCACGCAGCAGCAACAGGAAAUUCCAGCCGAUUGGGAAACUGAUUCUACACAGCAGCAACAGGAGACUCCACCAGAGUUCGAAACUGUCUUCAUUCAGCAGAAUGAGGGAACUCUAGCCGAGUUGGAAACUGUCAGUUCGCAGCAGCAACAGGAAAUUCCUUCCGACUUGGAAACUGUUCAUAAGCAGCAGCAACAGGAGAGUCCAGUCGAGUUAGAAAUCGCUUGUAUGCAGCAACAACAGGAGAAUCCCCCUGAGUGGGAAACCAUUAGUAUGCAGCAUCAACAAGAGUCUCCGGUGGAGUUGGAAACUGUCUGUAUGGAGCAGCAACAGGAGACUCCAGUCGAGUUGGAAACCGUCUGUAUGGAGCAGCAACAGGAGACUCCUGCUGAGUGGGAAACUGUCUGUUCGCAGCAGCAACAGGAGACUCCACCUCAGUUGGAAACCAUCUGUUCGCAGCAGCAACAGGAGACUCCACAACAACAGGAGACUCCAGCUGAGUUGGAGACCACUGGUAUGCAGCAGCAUCAGGAGACUCCAGCUGAGUUGGAGACCACUGGUACGCAGCAACAACAGGAGACUCCAGCUGAGUUGGAAGCCGCUAGUAUAGGGCAGCAGCAGGAGACUCCUCCUGAGUGGGAAACCAUUAGUACCUUCAGCACGCAGCAGCAACAAGAGACUCCAGUUGAGUUAGAUACUGCUUGUACGCAGCAACAACAGGAGACUCCACCUCAGUUGCAGCAACAGGAGACUCCACCAGAGUUCGAAACUGUCUUCAUUCAGCAGAAUGAGGGAACUCUAGCCGAGUUGGAAACUGUCAGUUCGCAGCAGCAACAGGAAAUUCCUUCCGACUUGGAAACUGUUCAUAAGCAGCAGCAACAGGAGAGUCCAGUCGAGUUAGAAAUCGCUUGUAUGCAGCAACAACAGGAGAAUCCCUGA